AUGGCCGUCUCAGCCAUACAAACACUCCCAUCCCUCACACAGUCUCCCAACUCAUCCCAUCAUCCCAUCCAUGCAACUGAUGCAGCCUUUCCUCCCGACACCAUCACUCCUAUGCCAACCAAAAGUGCACUCAAAACAAACAACGAGUCCAAUGAUGGCAACGAAGGCAAUGCCAUUACCGCCGAUGAGACCAUUCAAACACAAUCGCCAUCCAAGCCAUCGGUUCCCAUCAAUAGGGAAGUGAUUCGCGAAGAUAUGGUGAAUACUGCCGUCAACUUCCUCCUCAAUGAACGAGUGGCCGACAGCCCUCUGCACCAGAAGAGGACAUUCCUCCUGAGGAAGGGGUUGAGUCUCGAAGAGAUUGACGCCGCCAUCGAUCGGUCCACUCGUGUCCGACCUCUGGAGACACACAAACCCAUUGCCGGCAAUAAUACUCAUGCGAUGAUAAAUGGGCCACAGAUUCAGCCAUUGAUGCCAUCAUUUCUGGUCCGAAGCACGCAAUUGAUGUCUUCGGUGGCCCUCUUCGGGGGCUUUCUUUACGGCGCGUAUGUCUUAUACAAGCGUUUCAUUGAACCCAUGAUUUUCGAGAGACAACGCAAACCACAUCCAUAUGUGGCGAUUCAGCAACAGUUGGAUCAGUUGUCGAAAGCCAUGACUUUAUUGCAAACCAAUGUGUCGUCCAUUGAGACCAAUAUUAAGCGACAAAUUGAGUCCGAAUUACGGCUAAUGAAAGCUCCCGAAGAUGUGACUCUUCACGAGCUGAAGACAGAGUUGGCCUCAAUUAAGGCACUGUUAGUCAAUAGACGACAAUUCGCGGCCACACCUCAAGCGGGCAUUCCUUUGUGGCAAAUGAAUGAUCAAAAGACCGACAAAAUGAGUGAUGAAUUGCCACAACAUAUGAACGGUUCGGUCGAUGACAGCACUUCUAAUAGUUCUUCUGAUGAUAAUAAUAGUCAUAAUGUGAACAACUGUUCCGUGGAAAGCACGUGCGGAACGUGUGGCACGACUGAAGUGGUCACAAAUGGUCUUCAUGAGUGA